AUGAAACACAAGAACACGGGGAAAGAUGGGUGGUGUGCUUUAAAGCUGGAUAUGAGCAAGGCCUAUGAUAAAGUGGAGUGGCCUUUCAUAAGUGCUGUAAUGGAGCGAAUGGGUUUUGAUAAAAGGUGGAUUUCACUUAUUAUGAAAUGCAUUCAGUCUGUUACAUACAACGUAGUUACUAAUGGUUUGAUUGCAGAUACUAUUCAUCCGGAGAGGGGGUUGAGACAGGGGGAUCCUCUAUCCCCAUAUCUAUUUCUGAUGUGUAUUGAAGGUUUAUCGACACUAUUAACUAAAAUGCAAAUAGAGGGCUUGCUAAAAGGAGUAAGGGCAAGUGUUCAGGGUCCUAGAAUCGCUCACUUAUUUUUAGUUGAUGAUAGUCUGCUUUUCUUCAAAGCAAACCAACAGAAAAGCAAAAAAAGUGAGCUAAACUAUUGGGAUGAGGAAAAUUUGAGGGAACAUUUUGAUGCAGAAACAGUUAUGGAUAUUUUAGCAAUCCUAGUGAGCUACAGUGGUCUCCCAGACAUCCUGGUAUGGCAUCACACAAAAACAGGUCAAUAUAGUGUCCGAAGUGCUUGCCAUUUAAUGGGCUCUUUAGAGGGAACGAGGGUCGAGACAAUAGGAAACAACAGUACAAACUGGAAGAGAUUAUGGCAGCUUUCACUUCUAAGAAAGAGAAAAAUUUUCGCUUGGAGAAUGGAAAAUAAGGCUUUACCCGCAUACGAAAGACUGGAGCGAAGGAGGAUGAAUAAUCUAUCAUACACAAAACAAAAAGACUGCCAUUCAUCGAAGGAGAUAUGGAUACAGGCUGGAUAUGGAACAGAGUGGCUGGAAUCCCAAUGA